AUGCGCCGUUUUUUGCGCUGUCUCCUUCUGUUCUCGAUUUUUCUCCUCCUAAAAACUGAAAUUAGCAGCGGUUUGCCGGCCAAAGAUCGUCGAGUUUUACCCAAUAGUAGGUCGCCUCUUGCUGAUAAUUAGCGAAAAAAUGGUGAAUUUCCUAUUCAGUCGACGCAUUGUUCUGCACAAACGAAAAAUUGAGAAGAGUCGUUUUUUCGGCGCUUCAAAACAUUACGGAUCCGUCGAAAAUCGCCGUCGAUCAGGUUCAAUCGGCCAUUGAGGUGAGGAAGGGCCCAAAUCUCAAUUUUGUCCCAAAAAUGUUAAAGUUCGGCAAAAAGCCAACAUUUCGAUAGCGAGUGUGCUCUUUUACAUUCCAGUUUCAUGCUCAUUUAAAAACGCUAAACACUCCAAAAAUCGACGCGUUUUGUCGAAGUAAACUGACAUUUGUUCGAGAAAUUACGCGAAUUUGUUCAAAUUCAUAUAACUCGACGAACAUUUUCAAGUAAGCGACCUCAAAACAUUUGAACACAAAAUCGCGCAGAUCGCGCUGAUGCCGACGUUCAAAUCGUCGGGAGGCGUGUGGCUGGUGACGGCCACGUCGUACCACCGGGUGAACGGAUACGUGGACGAUCGCGCCAGCGACAUGGACACCUUCUGCGCCGUCAACGACGUCAACUUCAAUCUGUACGUGGUGAUUAUGAAGAUUGACAAUUGA